GUUCGUUUACCUUGGAUGGGGACAGAGGAGGUGGCCAAGCUGCAGAAGCACCUGGCUCUGCUGAGGCAGGAGUAUGUGAAGAUGCAGCAGAAGCUGGUCGAGACUGAGAGGCGCUGUGCCGUGCUCGCUGCUCAGACGUCCACCCAGGGCUGUUCCAGCUCUGCAGCUCCUGAAAGCUUCAUUAGCCGUCUGCUGGACUUUGUGGCCAACUUAUACCAGCAAGAGCACUACAGUGAUCUGAAAGUUAAAGUUGCAGGGGUGCAGUAUUGUGCCCAUAAGUUUGUGCUGGCUGCACGUAGUGAUGUCUGGAGUCUAGCAAACAUGGUCUCAACCUCUGAACUGGACCUAACAGAUUGCAAACCUGAGGUUGCCAUGGCCAUGCUGCGCUGGGCGUACACGGAUGACUUGGAGCUCAGCGAAGAUGACGCCUUUCUUAUUGACUUGAUGAAGCUGGCCAACCGCUUCCAGCUUCAGCUGCUCAGAGAGAGGUGUGAAAAGGGAGUGAUGUCAUCGGUGAAUGUUAGGAACUGCAUUUGUUUCUACCAAACAGCCGAGGAGCUGAACGCCACCACCCUGAUGAAUUACUGUGGGGAGAUCAUAGCCAGCCACUGGGAUGAUCUACGGAAAGAAGAUUUUAGUACCAUGAGUGCCCAGCUUCUGUACAAGAUGAUAAAAUCUAAAACGGAGUUUCCUCUCCACAAAGCCAUCAAAGUCGAGCGUGAAGAUGUGGUCUUCUUGUACCUCAUUGAAAUGGAUUCUCAGCUACCAGGCAAGCUAAACGAACUGGACAACAACGGUGAUCUCGCACUGGACCUGGCUCUCUGCCGCAAACUGGAGGGCAUCGCCACCACUCUGGUCAACAACAAGGCUGAUGUAGACAUGGUGGACCAGAGCGGCUGGAGCCUCCUACACAAGGCCAUCCAAAGAGGUGAUGAAUUUGCCUCCAUCUUCCUCAUCCGCCAUUCCGCUCAGGUGAAUGCCGCCACUGUGGGGGUGGUGGAAACCCCGCUUCACCUGGUCUGCUCCUUCAGCCCCAAAAAACACUCUGUAGAGGUGAUGAGCAGCAUGGCGCGAAUCGCCGAGGCGCUGCUCAAAGCUGGAGCCAACCCUAACAUGCAGAACAGCAGGGGCAGAACCCCGCUGCAUGAAGCCGUGGCGUCGGGGAACGAGGCGGUGUUUAACCAGCUUCUGCAAUGCAAACAGAUUGAUCUGGAACUGAAAGACCACGAGGGCAGCACCGCUCUGUGGCUGGCUCUGCAGCACAUCACCAUGUCGUCGGACGCCUCGGUAAACCCGUUCGAAGACGACACACCGGUGGUGAACGGCACCUCGUUUGAUGAGAACGGCUUAGCUGCACAGCUUAUUAAGAGGGGAAGUAAUCCGGACUCCCCUGACCAUGCCACAGGAAACUGCCUCAUGCAAAGAGCAGCUCUGGCUGGCAACGAGGCAGCUGCUCUUUUCUUAGCAACUCACAGGGCAAAGGUCAACCAUGUGAACAAAUGGGGUGAGAGUCCGCUUCACACGGCCUGUCGAUGUGGCCUCGCCUGCCUGACAGCCGAGCUGCUCCAGCAAGGGGCCAAUCCCAACCUGCAGACCCAGAAGGCCGUGCCUGAAAACUCCCACGGUGUGGCUCUGCAGACUCCCCUACACAUGGCCAUCGCUCACAACCACCCAGAUGUCGUCUCUGUCAUCCUGGAGCAAAAAGCCAACGCACUUCACGCCAUCAACAACCUGCAGAUCAUCCCAGACUUCAGUCUGAAAGACUCCGUGGACCAGACGGUCCUGGGCUUGGCGCUGUGGACAGGAAUGCACACCAUAGCAGCUCAGCUGCUGGGCUCCGGGGCUUCCAUCAACGACACCAUGUCCAACGGACAAACCCUUCUUCACAUGGCCAUCCAGAGACAGGAUAGCAAGAGUGCCCUUUUCCUUCUGGAACAUCAGGCGGACAUCAAUGUCAGAACCCAGGAGGGACAAACUCCACUACAGUUGGCCAUCAGUAACCAGUUGCCUCUGGUUGUGGACGCCAUUUGCACAAGAGGGGCUGAUAUGUCUGUGAUGGACGACAAAGGAGACCCUCCAUUGUGGCUGGCCCUCGAGAGCGGCCUGGAAGAUAUUGCAUCCACACUGGUCCGACAUGGAUGCGAUGCCACCUGUUGGAGCGCGGGGCCGUCUGGCUGCAUACAGACCCUCCUGCAUCGAGCUAUUGAUGAGAAUAACGAGGUUUCUGCUUGCUUCCUCAUUCGCAGCGGUUGUGAGGUGAACAGCACCAGACGGCCGGGUCCUAAUGGGGAAGGAGAUGAAGAAGCCCGAGAUGGUCAGACCCCCCUCCACCUGGCGAGCAGCUGGGGGCUGGAGGAGGUGGUGCAGUGCCUUCUAGAGUUUGCAGCCGACGUUAAUGCCCAGGAUGCAGAGGGCAGAGCUCCUAUCCAUGCUGCCAUUAGCAACCAGCACAACGUAAUCAUACAGCUCCUCAUUUCACAUCCGGACAUUCGGCUCAACAUCCGCGAUCGCCAAGGAAUGACACCGUUUGCCUGUGCCAUGACGCACAAAAACAAUAAAGCUGCAGAAGCUAUCCUCAAGAGGGAGCCAGGUGCUGCAGAACAGGUGGACAACAAAGGACGGAAUUUCCUCCACGUGGCUGUUCAAAACUCAGACAUCGAAAGCGUUUUGUUCCUCAUCAGUGUCCAGGCUAAUGUCAACUCCAGGGUUCAGGAUUCAGCCAAACUCAGCCCUCUCCACCUGGCCGUGCAGGCCGGCUCUGAAAUCAUCGUCCGCAACCUGCUGCUCGCCGGAGCCAAGGUGAACGAGGUAACCAAACACAGGCAGACGGCGCUGCAUCUGGCUGCCCAGCAGGAUCUGGCCACCAUUUGUUCUGUGUUGUUGGAGAAUGGGAUCGAUUUUGCUGCUGAGGAUGAGAAUGGAAAUAAUGCUCUGCAUCUGGCUGUGAUGCAGGGCCGCCUUAACAAUGUCAGAACUCUUCUCACAGAGUCCAACAUUGAUGCCGAAGCCUUCAAUCUCAGGGGUCAGUCACCAAUGCACAUACUAGGCCAGUAUGGCAAAGAGAACGCAGCCGCCAUCUUUGAGUUGUUCCUGGAGUGCAUGCCUGAGUACCCACUGGACAAACCAGACAACGACGGGAACUCUGUGUUGCUCCUGGCUUAUAUGAAAGGAAACGCAAACCUGUGCCGCGCCAUCGUGAGAGCCGGGGCUCCACUGGGCACCACUAAUAAUCAGGGCGUCAACAUCUUCAACUAUCAAGUAGCAACCAAACAGCUGCUCUUCCGCCUUCUAGAUAUGCUGUCCAAAGAGCCCCCCUGGUGCGAUGGGUCCAACUGUUAUGAAUGUGCUGCAAAGUUUGGUGUUACAACAAGAAAACAUCACUGCCGCCACUGUGGGCGCCUGUUGUGCCACAAGUGCUCCAUAAAGGAGAUGCCCAUCAUCAAGUUUGACUUGAACAAACCGGUGAGAGUGUGUGAAAUCUGCUACGACGUUCUAACUCUGGGCGGAGUGUCCUAGUGCUGUGGCCGGCAUUCUUCCCACCCUCCUGUUUCCGCCCGGCUCGGUCCAACUUGGAAUCCGUGGAGAAAGGAUGCAAGAAGCAGGGAAAUACUACGGACCAUCAUCUUCAUACUAUUCCAGUCCAUGAAUAACUAUUAAUCUUCUCGAGACAUUUCAGAUAGAAAGUGAAACUGUUUGUCGGUUGGGAUCAAAGUUUUGUGUUCCGGAUGUAAGCAGCUCUGGACGCCUGACUGUCCUUGCGUCUUCAGAUCAAUGAAGCUUGUGCUGAUUGGCUCCUGUUAUUGUUAUUAUUACAUACAGGAAGCUCCACUGGUAUCACCUGUAGAUGGGUUCAUCUUUUCUGUCUUCAUGAUUCAUGUGAUUCACACUAACUUCCAAAAGGGAAACAGAAAUCCGAGCUACACAAACUGAUUUGUUAUGUUUGAGUAAAAGUUGCUGUAAACCAGGCACUUAUCAAAGGAAAAUGGGAUCAGAAAGCUUCCUCAAUGAGGAUUCUGUUUUGAGUAUUUUCCAAAUAAGAUCUGUGACAUCGUUUAUAUAUAUAUAUAACAGCUGAACUUUUGGCGCAGCUGACCACCUGAUUAUCUUCGUGGCAGAUGGGAACACUUCAGACAGAUCAAAGUUAAAUUAUGACCAUAAAUGUUGCCAACAGUGCUCCUCGGUUACAGAAACUCCUUAUGCCAUUACCUUUGUAGCCUUUUAUGAUCAAAUCUGCAUUUGUUUUCUUUCUUUUCUUUUUUUAAACCUGCUUUGCAGGUGAGAUCCGUUUCUACGGCGACGCCUCACGUUUUCUCACUAACACUUAUAUUUCUAAGCCAAACAGGUGGACUUUAUGGAGGUCAUCCGGCAUUUUGGAUCAGUGGACAUAGUGGAGGGAAGGCCGUGCGGUGGGGGUCUCUAGUGUUAAAUUGUACAGAUAAAUGUGAUAUUUUUGACCACUACAACUGUUUUGUACUCAAAUGCAGUUUGUGCUUGUCAUUGUGACAAACCUAAAUCUUGCCUCUGUUAAUCUUUUAUGCACAUUGUAUUGUAUCUGUAUGCUCAAAUAUCUAGUGUGUCUCUUCCUGGUGUAUUUUAGAGAAAGGGGGACAACUUUACUUAAAAGCUCAUCGAAAACCAA